CAAACUAAUCAACAGAGAAACCUCGCUGACCUCCCUAUAAAUACCACCGGUAAGGCCAGCCAAGUUAAGCACUCAUUCAUUGUUGUGCAGUUUGACGAUAAGACAACUUAAUCACAAGUACACCAGCUGAAAGCUAGCUAGCUACCUCGAUCGAGCGUGCGACCAUGGCGAGCCGCAGCAGGCAGCUGGCUGGCCUAGCGAUGCUGCUGCUGCCGGCCGUGCUGUGCCUGCAGAUGCCGGCGCCGAGCCGCGCGCAGCUGCAGGUGGGGUUCUACAACACCACCUGCCCCAACGCCGAGGCGCUCGUCCGGCAGGCCGUCACGGCGGCCUUCGCUAACAACUCCGGCAUCGCCGCCGGACUCAUCCGCCUCCACUUCCAUGACUGCUUCGUCAGGGGCUGCGAUGCCUCGGUGCUUCUGACCAUCAACCCGGGCGGCGGCACGACGGAGAAGGACUCCCCGCCCAACAACCCGAGCCUCCGCGGCUUCGACGUCAUCGCCGCCGCCAAGGCCCUGGUGGAGCAGAGCUGCCCGCGCACGGUCUCCUGCGCCGACAUCCUGGCCUUCGCGGCUCGUGACAGCGUCAACCUCACGGGCACCAACUCGUUCUACCAGGUCCCCUCCGGCCGCCGCGACGGGAACAUCUCGACACAGGACGACGCCAUAAACAACCUCCCGGGCCCCAACUCGACGGCCGACUCCCUCAUCACGGGCUUCGCCAGAAAGAACCUGACCGCCGAGGACAUGGUGGUGCUCUCGGGGUCCCACACGCUGGGCCGCUCCCACUGCGACGCGUUCCUGUUCAAGAACCGCGAGAGGCUGGCGAGCGGCACCGUCAGCCCGGCGUACCAGGCGCUGCUGGAGGCGCUGUGCCCGCCCACCAGUGGCCAGUUCACGCUGGUCACCACGGAGAUCGACCUCAGCACGCCCGUCGUGCUGGACAACAACUACUACAGGCUGCUCCCGCUCAACCUGGGCCUCCACUUCUCUGAUGACCAGCUCGUCCGCAACGGCACGCUCAAUGCCUUUGUCAACCAGUUCAUCGCCGACGAGACGCUGUGGAAGCAGAAGUUCUUUGCGGCCAUGAUCAAGAUGGGCAACAUCGAGCCCAAGACCGGGGCGCAGGGCGAGGUGCGGCUCAACUGCAGCCUCGUCAACCCGGCCUCGUCUUCCUCCGCCGGGGUGAUCGAGAUGCCCCUCCCGGACAACGACGGUGAGGUUGCCACCAGCUGAUGCAUAAAGAGUACGUGAGUGUGACUGCUUGCGUUUGUACUGUGUUUACUAAAAAAAAAAAAAUAAUAAAGUAUGUACACGGAACGUGCGUGAGGCGCGCUUAUGUUCUCCACGGGUGCGUGAAAGGCAGAGGCCGCACAUUCACAAGGGAACGUACACUACUAGCUUGAUUUGCGUGAAUAAAAUGUUUCUGAUUAUUUCGUGAA